AUGGUGCAUGUGCUGUCCGAGACCGGGGGCCCCAAAGGCAGAGACUACUGCGUCCUCUACAACCCGCAGUGGGCCCGCCUGCCGCUCGACCUCGGCAAAGCGGUCCCCCCAGGAGGCAACAAGACGCAGUACGACGAGAUCGGCAUUCCCGUGGCCCUGCUCAGCUACAAAGACAUGCUGGACAUUUUCGAGACUUUCGGCCGGGUGGUACGGGCAGCACUGUACGCCCCCAAGGAGCCCAUGCUGGACUACAACAUGGUCAUCAUCUUCAUCAUGGCUGUGGGCACCGUUGCCCUCGGGGGCUACUGGGCCGGGAGCCGGGACGUGAGGAAGAGGUACAUGAAACACAAGCGGGACGACGGGCCCGAGAAGCACGAGGACGAGGCCGUGGACGUGACGCCCGUCAUGAUCUGUGUGUUUGUGGUCAUGUGCUGCUCCAUGCUGGUGCUGCUUUACUACUUCUACGACCAGCUCGUCUACGUCAUCAUCGGCAUCUUCUGCCUGGCCUCCUCCACGGGCCUCUACAGCUGCCUGUCGCCGCUCCUCCAGAGGCUGCCGUUCUGCAGAUGCAGGGUCCCCAACAACAGCCUGCCCUACUUCCACAAGCGCCCUCAGGUCUGCAUGCUGCUCCUGGCGCUGCUGUGCGUGGCCGUCAGUGUGGUGUGGGGCGUCUUCCGGAACGAGGACCAGUGGGCUUGGAUCCUUCAGGACGCGCUGGGCAUUGCCUUCUGCCUCUACACCUUGAAAACCAUACGCCUCCCCACGUUCAAGGCCUGCACGCUGCUGCUGCUGGUGCUGUUCAUCUACGACGUCUUCUUCGUGUUCAUCACGCCCUUCCUGACCAAGGUGGGCUCCAGCAUCAUGGUGGAGGUGGCAACCGGGCCGUCAGACUCGGCCACCCACGAGAAGGUAUGUGGUGCCCGCAGCCGAGGUGCUGAGCAAGCGGAGUGAGUGCGGGCUGGCGGGUCCUGGACACGCUGCCCCUCUCCCCAGCUCCCCAUGGUGCUGAAGGUGCCCAGACUCAACGCCUCGCCGCUGGCCCUGUGUGACCGGCCCUUCUCCCUCCUGGGCUUCGGGGACAUCCUGGUCCCAGGGCUGCUCGUGGCCUACUGCCACCGCUUCGACAUCCAGGUGCAGUCCUCCAGGGUCUACUUCGUGGCCUGCACCAUCGCCUACGGCAUCGGUCUCCUGGUGACGUUCAUGGCGCUGGCCCUCAUGCAGCGCGGCCAGCCUGCCCUCCUCUACCUGGUGCCCUGCACGCUCGUCACCAGCUGCGCCCUGGCGCUAUGGCGCAGGGAGCUGGGCAUGUUCUGGACGGGCAGCGGCUUUGCGGUGAAUACCAGUUUGCUAUGA